GUUAGAAAGAGAUGACGCGAUGCACGAUCUAGGUUGUCGCAUUGAAGAGGAAUGGUCACCUAGGAUAGUGUGUGUAUCAAGAUGACGACUCUAAGUUGUCUUGUAGCAUGGUUGUUCAUCUACCUAUUUGCAGUGUCUUCGUUAUCACUUUGUAGCAUCAAUGGCAAUGUGGGAGAGGCUUCACAAGAUGGACUUGCUAUUGGACAGUCAAAGCAGACUCAUGCACAAAAGAACCAUGUGAGCGCACUGGAGCUUCAUAUGAGCAAUAGUGAGGGCAGGAAGAGAGAGAGGGAGGAAGGAGUCAUUGAGGAUCAAGCUCAACAGAAUUCAGCCAAAGAGCAGGAUCCAGGCUUGUUUCCAUCAGAGAUCAUUGAUCAAGAUGGAAAGCAUGCUGGACCACUGCCAUAUGAAGAACCUUCACCUAAGACUCUUAAAGAGGAUCAUAUAUUUAGUGACAGUGUCAAAGAUGCGGUUAAAGAAGGGAACGAUGGAUUGUUAGAAAGUGAUGAGGGAACAGAGAGAUCACCUAUCGAUGAAGAUAUAAUAAGAGAAAAAGACCCCAGCUUAUCAGACGGUGAACCUAGCCAUGACAUUGACCCAACACCUGUUAACAUUGAUACAGAAAGGUCAUCUGAGGUCAAACUGCAUCAACAUGAUACAUCAGGGCCUGAUAAUGAAAGCAACACCAAAGAUGCUGUGGAUGAUCUCCAACAACAAACACAUGUCGUUCAAGAAGAGGCAGAGGAACAUAACAACAUUGCUUUAGAUUCUGAUAAAAUGGACAAAAAUGAAACAUCAAGUUUAGAUCUAGAUGCCGAUCCAGAUCCAAAUCAAGCAUCCAAACCUGAAGAAGAAUCAAUAGAUGCCAUGAUAGAGCUGGAUCAGGAUGAAUUAGAUGAUAUCAAGACAGAGCUGGUCAAUAAAAUUUCAGAAGAAGAAGUAACAAAUGCAUCAGCAGAUGUGUCUGAACUGAACUCUGAACUGCAUAGUGAUGAUGAGAAACUGGAAGAUACAAGCAAGGGUGAAGAGAAGGAUAUAUUAAAAGAACAGUUAAGUACAGAAGCCCUUGGAGAAAAAGGUGACAUCAAAACAACAGAGGAUGGUGAAGAUAAAGGAAAAGAGACAUCAACGGUUGAUCAGCAGAUAGACAUUGUAGAUGAGAAGGUCAAGAGAAAAGAUGAAGAGAAGCACAAAACACAGAGGAAAGGGGAUGAAAAAGAAAAAGAGAAGGAAACAGAAGGAGAAAAGGUUGAAGGAGCAAAAGAAACAAAGGAAGAAAUAGUUGAAAAAGAAGAAAAAGAGAGGGAAACAAAGGAUGAGGAAGAUGAAAGAAUAAAGCAAGAUCAAGAGGAGAAGAAGGACGUAGAGGCAAAGCCUAAAGUGGAGUCUGAUGAUGAGGAGGUCAAACCUAAAGAAGACGGUACCGAGGAAGAGACAAAGUCUAAUGUGACAGACACUGUUGUAAUCAAAACUGAGGAGAUGCCAUCGUAUGAUGAGUGGAGGGAGAAGAAGUUACAGCAAGCUCAAGAAGACUUUGAUAGAGAAUUGGGCCAAGGUGAGCGGAACCCUGUUCCAUCUCCAAAGUUCAAUUUGAAUGAAAACAGUAAGAACCAUGCAUCAGCUGACUGUGGUUCCAAGAUCCUAGGAACCAAUCCUGAUGCCCAGAGUGCUUCUGCUAUUCUCAACAGUAAUAGGGAUAUCUAUAUGAUUAACCCUUGCUCUGCCAAAAGCAUCUGGUUUAUUGUAGAGUUGUGUGAGCCCAUCCAAGUAAAGUUGAUAGAGCUUGCCAACUAUGAGCUUUUCUCAUGUGUUCCUGAAAGCUUCAGAGUUUCUAUCAGUGACAGGUACCCUGUGAGAGAAUGGCAUCAACUGGGUAUUUUCGUAGCUCGAGAUGAGAGGUCUCUUCAGAACUUUCCUCUCAAUGAAGAAACCAUGUUUGCUAAGUACAUGAAGAUUGAGAUGCUUACUUUCUUUGGCUCAGAACAUUUUUGUCCUCUUAGUGUACUCAGGGUGUUUGGUACAAGCAUGGUGGAGGAAAUAGAUGAUGCAGAGGGAGUCAACUCAGGGACUCCAACAGAACAAGAUGUGCUGCCUGUCCAUCCAACACCAUUAGCUGAAGAUCUAAAGGGGAAUGGUAUACUAGAAAAUGCUAAGGAUGCUAUCUUCAAGCUUGCAGAGAAAGCUGCCAAAGUUUUAACAGGGUCCAAGUCAGAUACAGAUGCUUACACUGAUAACAUGACUGAUGGUGCUACAGAUGAGAUAUUGAUGGAGAGAAGCCUUCCUGAUGACAUAACAAAGGAUGACACUCAAGACCCUGACAAUGAGAACUUCAAUGAAACUCACAAUGACAAAUGCAAUGGACAAGAUGUGUGCUUUCAGGAAAACUACUCCACUAUGUCUCAACAUUGCUGUCUUAGUCUCUUUGCCCAGACUGCUGGAUCCAUUCUCAUAUGUUGCAAGGCACUAAGACGAGGUCCUAAACCUAUCAAACCAGAAGAAGAGACUGUAGAGGAGACAAGCAAUCUCCUUUUGCCCAGUCAGUUACCCAUGGAAGUGAUUCAGACCAAGAUAGAAAAUACACAAGCAAAAAUAGAGGGCAGUAUUCGGACGUCUAUUGUUUUAGAACCAACUCCACCUGAAAUGUACCAUGGAGAAGAUGAAAAAAUAGAAACCAGUUCUCCUCCUGUGCUUAUCUUGUCAACAAAGACACCAACAGGUGCCACAAAGCCAAGUGAGACCCCACAGUCAGACAUAUUAGCAACAAGGACCAAGACUGAAGAGAUACUGCAUACACCAAUAGAACAAACAAAGAAAGUCGUUGAUGAUGUUAGUGGUCAGACUGAUAGCACUCAUGAGGAAGGAAAAGAGAGCGAAUCUGACAUCAUUGUUAAACCCAUUCCGGCCCCACCGACUGUGGAUUCUCUCAAAGAGGAAAGCACAAAAGAGAAAAGCAGUAGCAUUGAUGGGCAUGAUGUUGAACCUUCUGCAACUGAGCCAAGCAAAUCAAAUAUAAAUAAAGAAGAUCUUGCUCCUCCAAUCCAAACACUUAAGAGGUCUGAAAGAGAAGAAAAUGAACAGCCUACAGGACAGACCUCAGAGAAAGAUACUGCCAAAGCUAAUGCUGCACAAGAUGUGACCUCAUCUAGCCAAAAUGUAUCAGAAUCUGAAAUUAAUGGUAAUGUCUCAGAACAACUUACGGAUAAAGAUCCCCAAUCCACAGCUGAUACCAAAGAACAAAAUGGUGCAAAUAAGAAUGUUUCGAACAAAUUACAAGAGCCAAAACUUGAGAUGAAUGAGUCAACAAAGGUCUCACCAUCUAGCACACUUGGUGAGAAAUCAACCACUGUGACUAAUAACAGUAAAUCUGCAACACCAGAUGUAGGAAAUGGGUCGUUCUCUCCAAGUGCUUCAAGUUUAUCCGGGUUAGGCCCUCUUCCUCAUGGAACCCAGAAGGAGUCAGUACUGAUGAGACUCAACAACCGUAUCAAGACACUGGAAAUCAACAUGUCACUCAGUGGAUUAUAUCUAGAGGAACUCAGUCAAAGGUAUCGCAAGCAGAUGGAUGAAAUGCAGAAAGCUUUUAAUACAAAGAUCAAGAGUGUACAAGAGAAUGCCCAAAAGGCACAAGAAGUUAGACAGCAACAAACGGAAUACAUUCAGCAACUACAAAAGAGUUUGGAGAAACUGACAACAGACCAUGAAAAUGUUACACUCAGAAUGGAUGGAAUACUGAGAGAGGUUGUGGAGCGUCAUCUCUUCUUGAUGUUAUGUGAGGUUGUUGUCAUGGUGAUUCUCUUGACCUACUGUCUGAGAAGGUCCGCCUCCCAAUCAUCUCUCACCAUCAAUAGUCCUGUUGGCAUGGCAACAAAGUCGAGCGGUAAGAAACCAAUUGAGAGUGUUGGUAGGAGGAACUCUGAUGGUCUGAUCCAUGUACCCAUGAGGAAUAAGAUCACCUUGAGUCCUGGACUUGGGACGGAAUUUGGCUUCAUGAAGGAUAUCGCAAAUUCCAAAACGGGUAGCUUAGAUGAUCUGCUGAUCAUUGGACCCACAACACCUCUCAGGGAGGCUCUAAGACAGGCAUCUGAACCGUCCAAGCAAAAGAAUCGAAACAAGAGUAAAGGGCGACAUAAAAAUAUUCAAAGACCAUCUUCAGCAGCGUCGGCCACCUCCAAUGAGAAUGUGUACCAAGGUGCUGCCUCAUCGUCAUCAUCAAACUCCUCCAUAGCCUCCACCCUCUCACUAUCAUCAAUAUCCAGUAACAAGGGGUUGUCAGGGGCAACAAGUUCUAAACAUUCCACUGCAGGACUUCUAUUCAGAGGCUCCGUUGAGGUGAAGAAAGGAUCACAAGGGGGGCAAACCAAGCAGGGUGUCGGUGGUAAGGGUGGGAGUCGGCAAACACAGAGGGGUGCACCUGAGAAUGUAGGACCGGUGAAUGGGGUGCAUCAGGGGGAUAAGAAUAAUGGGGUUGGGGUGAAUGGAUACAGUGGGGCUGCUAGUGGGGGAGGCAGUAAGAAAAAUAACCCGUGCUUUAACGGCUAUGGGAAACGGUGAUGAGUGAAGAAGAUUAUGGACACAAUCUCCUUUCUGCAGCUUAUAAGAGUUUGAGAAAGGAAAGGGUAUUAGAUCACCCAGUGUGGAAUAUGUGAUUUUUUGUAAGACAGUUUGAAGACAAUGUCAUCAUUGAUUUGAUGCAUCAAAACAGUAUUUGUGAAAAUUUAAAGCUCUUUUAAUUACAUUGCACUCAAAUAAGUAUUAAAGCCAAUGAUUGUUAUAUGUGAUGUUGUUAAUAUGAAUGGAAGUUUGUUGUUAUCACGUGUCAAAUGAUAAAAGGGACUAGGCCCUACUCUUCUUUCAAUGCUAUUUUCUGUCAGUUCAAACUCAAACCUUUUUGUUAUAAUUGGCCACAUUGCUCACUUGCAAUUGAUAACAAACUUGCAACUUUUAUCUUGUUGAUAGAGAGUUCUGAUUAAUAUGAAGUUGUGAUUGAUUUGGAUCAAUCACAAGUGCUUAGAAACAUUUGUAUUAAGCACGAUAUAAAUGUAUUGUUAUAUUGCAUAUUAUUGUAAGUGCUGUGAUAUAGUGUGCUAUGAAUAGCAUAGCUAAAUGCCUUAUAAUAAUAAUAAUGUAAUUUAUUAUUAAGUGUUUAUGAGAUGGGGUUGGACAUCAAGAUAUGAAUAUGUUAAUUCAUUGAAACUUCUUUCAGUUGAUCAUUGAUUUUUUAAGGUUUUUUUCAGAAAUUUUAGAUUGAACUCAUGUAGAAAUUUUUUUUCUUCCAGUGACCUAUGUUUUUAUUUUGCAGUACUAUCUAAGCUUGUAGACAGUUUGUCAUAAUUUAAGACACAAAUGAUAAAUGUGAGGCAAGCAUUCUUGCAUGAUGAGAAGAGCUGAUUUUCAUUUAUUUUUCAAACAAGAGCUGCAUCUGUUUCUACACCGGGGGUAUUCUUAUUUUGUUGUAUCCAUCAUCUGAUUACUGUACAUGGCAUUUAUGAGCAUUCUUGUGUUUUGACUUUUCGAUGCUGCGAUUGUCUUUUUUUAUGAAUCAUUUUCUACAGCCAAUUUAUUUCCAAAUACUGCCUUGUGCAAUUUCAAGAAGUCACAACCAUGAUACUUCAUUAUAGUCAUGAUGAUAAAGAAGCACUGUUACAUACCGGUAUGUAUUCAUUUAGAAACAGUAACUUCAUGUUGUAUAUGAAAUACUGUGUGUAUAAUGUGCUCAAUAGACCAUUUCGUAGUUGCACAUGGGUAAAAUUACCCCAAAUAUCCACAGAUCUUUUACUCAUGGAGAAGUCCCACUUUGUGUAUUUUAGAAAAAUCAAUGUCAAAGUCAUGUAUGUGCUUUAUGAAAACUUUUGAUUGCCCUCUUGUAUCAUAACAAUGUACCGUAGGUGCACACAUGAAUAAUGAUUACAUAACAUAAGCACAUAUCCCUGUCGGUGGGUUUUACAAUUCUAUCAGAAAUGACCUUUAUCUGCCCAUGCGCAGAUAGUAUUUACAAAAAGACUUAUUAUAACAAGCUCAAACAUUGCACCCAAGUGUUCAUAUUCCUGUUUUAUGAUAUUAGUCAUGUCAUGAUCAUUUUGUGAAUAUGCCCUCUCAUCGUGAUGGGUCACAAGUAAAUUGAACAUUUCUUUCAUUAGAUAACUUGUGAAAAUUGUUUUAUGGUCCAACAUAGGAUAAAGUGGUAUUUUUAUAAUACUAAUCUAGUGUAUACCAUGUAUCUAUUGGAUGUAGACUCCAAGGUGAAAUGCAAUAGGGUUCAUUUCCCCAUGGCUAGUAAACCAUUGUCUGCUGUAUACUCCAAAUGAUCAUAUUUGGCUUUACUGCAAUGUAUUGUAAGAAAUAAGCUUUUCAUUUGAUAAGUACUUACAUAUUAUAUUGAUUGUAGUGUACUUCUCAUAGCUAGAUACCUUCUAAAGCCUGCUUUAUGUUUAUGUACAAAUGCUGUAGUGUUCUAUUGGUGCUAAAAGAUUCAAAGAGACAUACACUCUCUCUCAAUCAAGUGAUAUCAUAGUUCUAUGAUUUCUAUUUCGUUUUGUAAGAAACUGUCAGAUUGGAGAUAGUAAAUACAGAGAGCAAAUUUGCCUUUUGCUAUAUAUUUAUCUGAAUAUUUAUUUAAAGUAUUAUCUUGUUGAAGAAAGGUGUCUCUUGUUAGAGUUCAAAUACUGUAUCACUAUAUUUUCAUCUUCAUAUUAUAAAUUCAAAGUGGACAUUACUUUAGUUUGAUCAAUGUGUGUGAUAAAUAGAAGAGAUUCUUAUUGGCAUUCCAAGGAUGGUUAUUGUAUACCAUCUGAUGUAUUUGGUCUAUUGCCUUCUUUCUUUCUUUCUCUUUCUCUCUCUCUCUCUCUCUCUCUCUUCUCCUCUUCCUCUUCCUCUUCCUCUUCCCCUCACAUCUCCUUUUGUAAUUGGUAUUUUGCUUUUGCUCAUUUUCAGCUUGGAAUUUGUUGUUGGAAAAUGCAGAAAAUAUACGAAUAUCUAGUUACUGUAAAUAAGAAUGCAAUGUGGACAAUGUCUAUCAAUCAUAACAAUUCAAAUUGGCUGUUCCUGAUCUGUGAACAUGACAUUUAUACUUAUUACAGUGCUAUGGAAUGCAUUGCUAUCAGAAUGACGCCAUAUUUGAAUUGAAAGCUAUGCGGUGAAUGAACAGUUCUGCAGACAUCUUGCUGCAGUUGUUUAUGUCCUUGAUUCAACAUUUAUUGUAUUAACAUAUUCUUUAUAGAUUACCAGGUUUUGAUAAUUGCUGUUGAAAUGUACUAUUUUUCUACCCCUUUUUCCCUUUAAUUAGACUUUCUAAACAUCCAAUAAGAUUUUCUGUAUUUUCUAGCAGCAAUGUUGUUCCCUAGUUGCAAUCAAAGUACUGUUGUGUUUAUGUCAUUGCAAAGCCAUGUUUGGUUUUUGUUGUUAUUAUGCUUGUAGAGAACAUUUUGGCGAUCCAAUUCUUUUAUGUACAAUAUUUUAUUUAUAUAUCAAGACAUUCUUUAUUUAAAGUUUAUUGCUUUAAGCUUAUUUACAUUUUGUCAAUGCUUAAUUGUAUUAGUAUAUUUCAUAGUAGUUUGUUUUAUCAUAACAUUACCUAACAAAUUUGAAAGGGGAUAUCUCAUUUAUACUUGUGCAUCCCCAAGUGCUUUGUAAAGACGUGUAUUAAACAGGAUCAUUACAGAAGUCUUGCUAAAAUAUGUGAUAGAAGUUCCAUUGGAGAAUGUUGUAUCUCUGUUACUUGUAGACUUGAGUGUGGAGUGCACAGUUUUGUGUACCAGCAAGUUGUGAGCAGUAAAAAUAUAUUAAGAACAGUCUGACUGCAGCCAUUAUUGUAGAUACAUAGAUGUGGAAGUAGUUAAGACAUGUUUAAGCCUGUAGAGUUACCAAUAACUCACCUAAUUUGAAAAUGAAUUGGGAUUUUACAGCUCAAUUUUUCAUAUUAUGAUGUCCUUUUGGCUUUCAUACAUUACUCCUGCCCCCACCCCUUUGUCUGUCUGCGUUGCUCUCUCUCUCUCUCUCUCUCUCUGUUUCUCUUUCUCUCUCUUGUUCUCUUUCUCUCUCUAUCUCUCUCUAUUUCUCUCUAUUUCUCUAUCUCUCUCUCUCUCGUUCUCUCCUUCCCUUCAAUUUUCUUUAAUUGAUUUAACAGCUGUGCCUUUGAUUGUAAGAAAUAAUGUUUAUGUUUAAAUAAGUCUAGUAUGAUAUAAAGAAUUAACAAAGUUACCAUUUGUUAUUAUGAAAAGCAUUUUUUGAAUAGCAACAGGGUUUAACACUGAUUAUAAUAUUAUAAAAUGUGUAUCCUUAAAUAUAUUUUGAGGAUUCUUUAUAUACACUCACUGUAGACAUAUUGCACUUACUUUGAUCUCUGCAAUAUUUGAUCUCUCCACAAAUCACCACUAUGUCAUCUGUCAAGAGCCUGAAGGGCAUUAACUAAUCCCUUUUCAUUAAUGUCCUUGAACUCUCAGCAGAUUUACUAGAUAUGGAAAUAUAGAAUGAAAAGAUGAUUUUAUUGAUGUAAAAAUGUUAUAUAUUCAAGAGUUAUUAUUUUUACAAGGGAUCCACAUCAUUGAUAAAAGUUGUAAAAAUCCUGAGAUGGAGAUGUGAUAUUUGUGAUUGUUUUCACCUUGCAUUUUGACAAUAGUAAGUUGUAUAUUUGAACCAAUCAGAACAAAUCAUAAUUAUGAUGUUUGUAUGUGAUUCACUUUGACUUGAUACUUCUGUUUGGUUUACACUCAUAAAUGAAAAUUGUACACAUGUGUGUGGGUCUGUAGAUGUUUCCUGUUGAUAUGUUAUCCCCAAACUUUUCAAUUAUAAAAAAAAGUUUCAUGAUUGUUAUGUGAAGAGUAUUACAAACUAAUAAAAUGCUUUCAAUUACUAAAAUUAAAUAUAAAGUCAAAGAAUAA